AUGGAGAAACCCCCUGCCCCCAUAACGGAGAAAACCCCUGAGAAACAACAGAAUCAAAGGAAUGGAAGAUACUAUCGAAGAAAGGGUAGCAAGGGCAGACCUAGAAGGAACAACAAUGGUGAUAAAGAUUUGAAUUUCGAUGCUAUGACGCGUCUGCAAGACUACGAGACAAGACUCAAGAACAACCAAACCCAGGAUGCCUUGAUCAGUAAAGCUUACGCUAUGAAGACCAAGGUCAGCCAGAAGAACGCCUUGGCUGAUUUCAUGGACACCAUGUCCAACCCAAAUUUGACAUUCAUUGCCAUAGACUUUGAAGGAUACGAGCAAUCGCCGGGGAUAGUGACGGAAAUUGGUAUUGCGGUGUACAAACCUAGUACACUGAGAGGCAUGAUGAUGCCUUUCAUCGAGCUGAAGCAUAUCAUCGUCUCAGAACACAUGAAUUUGAAGAAUGGGAGAUAUGUACCCGACCACCAGGAAAACUUCAACGGUGACGUUAGCUUGGUGAUGAAUUAUCUUCAUGCUGUGGCUGCUAUUGAGAAGGUUAUACACCAACAUAGCGAAUCUUUAGAUGUUCCAGGAAGCGGAGUGUGCCUCGUUGGCCACGGGCUUGACAACGAUUUGGAGUGGCUAGAUCGAAUGGGCGUGCGUAUCAAGCCAGCUAUGACAAUUGACACACAGAAGGUUCUUGGAUGGACUCACGGAAAGAAGGGAUUGAGUUUGAGGAACUCUCUUGAUCUCGUCCGCCAACCGUAUGCAUUUCUUCAUAAUGCUGGAAACGACGCAUACUACACCAUGGUACUCUGCCUCUGCUUGGCAGACCCUUUCUACCGACAGGCGUGCGGCAUGGACGAAAAAGAAACCAAAACCUGGUUUCGGCUGAGACCCCUGACAAAGGGCGAUUCAUAUACUGUGGCCAAAAGGAUGUUUUCCAACGACAUAUUGGGAAUGCCCCUUCGUGCUCAAGAUGCCCGACAAGGGAAUCAAGGAGGAGCUUGA